CGUUCAAGCUAUAACAAAGUUAGUUCAUUUGAAAGAUAGAUAUGAUUCGGUUCAAGGAUAUAGCUUUUCAAGUCAAGAGAAUAGCCGCUAAAAGAGUAUCGCGUUUAAGACACAUAAUCAACGUACGCAAGGGUCACUUUACGGUAUACGUUGGAGAAGACGAGGAAGAGACGAAGAGAUUUGUGGUUCCAAUAUCUUACUUAAAACAUCCUUUGUUCCAAGCUUUGUUGCGUCAAGCCGAAGAUGAAUUCGGCACAGAUCAUAAGAGUAAAUCCCUCACGAUCCCUUGUCCUCACCAUGUCUUUGUUGACGUCACUUCUCGUCUGAAUCGUUUUAAACUUGUUAGUACCUAAAGUAAUAAGUUGGCCUAAGGUAUUAGUAUAUAUUUGGUUGGUUUGAUGAUCCGUUUAAAACUUGUUAGUACCUAAAGUAAUAAGUUGGCCUAAGGUAUUAGUAUAUAUUUGGUUGGCCAAUUUGAUGAUCCUUUUCGUAAGGGGUUUAUAUGUUACUGCGAGGGCUUAAGCAACAGUCAAAUCAAAACCAAAAUGUAAUGAAAGAAAGAGUUGCAUACUUGGCCUUGAAGUUUCUCUUUAGCAGAGAGAUGUCUGAGGCAUAUUAUAAUAUAUAUGGAUAAUUCUUACUAUGCAGUCUAUGCUAAUGAGAUUUCACAUCCAAAGGCUAUAAUAAAUAGCUGUGAAUGUUAGAUCUAUCUCGUACGUUUAUUAACUUAUAUGUGAGUUUCUGGACUGUUCUAUAUGCAUGGGAUGUCUCUGUCUUUAAGAGAUGAAUUUCGUCGUACAUUCUAUGAUCAGUGGAAAUAUUAGAGACAAUUUUGUAAUAAUGAAAACAUUUGAAGAAAAUAAAAACCA